AAACCUCUGCUCCUUGGGGACUGUGCCGCGGCUUCUAAUCCUAACCAAUCAUCGUAAUCUGCUUCAUCCGUCUCUCCCUCUCCCUCUCCCUCUCCCUCUCUCUCUCGUUGGCUGUAGUGCGAGUCGGUGACUAGAUUGCGAAGAGGGUUUACAUGGCGUUACCAGUCGUUGACACAGAGUACCUCAAGGAGAUUGAUAAGGCUCGUCGCAAUCUCCGUGCCCUCAUCGCCUCCAGGAACUGCGCUCCCAUCAUGCUCCGAUUGGCGUGGCAUGAUGCGGGCACAUAUGAUGCAAAGACAAAAACUGGUGGAGCUAAUGGGUCAAUUAGGAAUGAGGAAGAGUAUAGUCAUGGUUCUAACAGUGGAUUGAAGAAAGCCAUUGAUUGGUGUGAGGAAGUGAAGUCUAAGCAUCCAAAGAUUACAUAUGCAGAUCUAUACCAGCUUGCUGGUGUUGUUGCGGUCGAGGUCACUGGAGGACCAACCAUUUCCUUCGUUCCUGGCAGGAAGGAUUCAAAUGUUUGUCCCAAGGAAGGGCGACUUCCAGAUGCUAAACAAGGUGCACCACAUCUCAAGGACAUCUUUUACCGGAUGGGUCUGUCUGACAAGGAUAUUGUUGCACUAUCUGGGGGCCACACUUUGGGAAGGGCACAUCCAGAGAGAUCAGGUUUUGAUGGUCCUUGGACUAAGGAGCCCCUGAAGUUUGAUAACUCAUAUUUUGUGGAACUUUUGGAGGGGGAAUCAGAGGGUCUGUUGCAACUUCCAACUGACAAGGCUUUAUUGGAUGAUCCUAAGUUCCGUCAUUAUGUUGAGCUGUAUGCAAAGGACGAGGAUGCAUUCUUUAGAGAUUAUGCAGAAUCACAUAAGAAACUAUCAGAGCUCGGGUUUGCUCCAAGUUCCCCUGGUUCCAAGGCAAUUGCAAAAGAGAGCACAAUACUAGCGCAAGGGGCUGUUGGAGUUGCGGUGGCUGCUGCUGUGGUGAUCUUGAGCUACAUCUAUGAAGUUCGCAAGAAAAUGAAAUGAACAUGCCUUAUUUGAUCUUCUCACACGUUGCAGUUUUUAUCUCUAUGAUUCUGUGGCACUGAGUUAGUUUUUUGAUACAUGCAACACGAAAGCUAUAUGU